AUGACGCGGAGGGGCAAUCUGGUCGUGCUGGAAGCUUUCAAGAAUCCCGCCUACUCCCUCCAGGUUGUAGGCCUCUUCUUGGUCAUCCUCGGCUUCUGGACGCCGUACUUCUAUCUCGCCGCGUAUGGUCAGGCACACGGCAUGUCAGCCAACCUCGCAGCUUACCUGUUCGCCAUCAUCAACGCAGGCCCCUUCGUCGGGCGCAUUCUAGGCGAUACCUUCGCACAGCACGCUGGCCAGUUCAACGUCGUCGCCUUUUCCUGCUACAGCUCUGGCCUCUUGCUGUUCUGCUGGCUUGUCAUCACUUCGUCUGCUGGACUGAUCGUGCUGUCAGUUUUCUUUGGGGCGACCAGCGGGAUCAUCGCACUGAUGAUGUCGACGGUUGCGCACUGUGCACCCCAUCCAAGCAAAUGGAACUUUUCUAACCUGUCAAAGAUCGGUGCCUAUGUCGGUCAGUCGACUUUCAUCAUUGGUUUCGCGGGCCUGGCUGGAACUCCGAUCACCGGUGCCCUCAUCAAUAACUAUGAUACCCAAUGA